CUACUGUCUACAAGUUGCAUGGAAUUAUGCUCCGAAAUUUGUUGAAGACCCUCGUUCUCGGGGGAUUGGCCUUCCCCCUUGCUGAAGGGCGCGCAAGCCAGUCCCGUACGGAGCUCUAUCGGCCUCAGUUCCACUAUAGCCCGAAGCGCAAUUGGAUGAAUGAUCCCAACGGGCUGGUGUAUGAAGACGGCGUUUACCAUCUCUAUUACCAGUACAAUCCAGGCGGUGAUACCUGGGGCGCAAUGUCCUGGGGCCAUGCGACCAGCAGGGAUUUGGCCCACUGGACUGAGCACCCGGUUGCUCUUCAAGCCCGAGGAUUCCCCGGCAACAUCACGGAGAUGUUCUUCUCUGGAACCGUCGUUGUUGACGAACGCAAUACAAGCGGUUUUGGUCGCCGGGGCAAGGCUCCCUGGAUCGCCAUGUACACAUCAUACUACCCAUUCGAGCAGACCUUGCCAAGCGGCAAGACCGUUCGCAAGGAUCAGCAAGCCCAGUCGAUCGCAUUCAGUCUUGAUAAGGGCAUGACCUGGACUACCUACGAUGCCGCUAAUCCUGUUAUCCUUGACCCACCAGCUCCCUAUGGAGAUCAGCAGCUGGAGUUCCGCGAUCCUAGCGUCUUCUGGCACGAGGAGACCAGGAAAUGGGUAGCCUUGGUUAAUCUAGCUAAACUACACAAGGUUCUUAUCUACACCUCUAAAAACCUCAAGGACUGGACCCUUGCGAGUGAAUUUGGACCAGCGAACGCAGUUGGUGGCGUGUGGGAGUGCCCCAGCCUUUUCCCACUAAAGCUUGACGGCAGCAGAGCCGCCAAAUGGGUCCUCAUGCUUGGCCUUAACCCGGGAGGCCCGCCUGGGACCAUCGGCUCUGGCACGCAGUAUAUCGUGGGACAGUUCGACGGCACCACGUUCACUGCCGACCCAGAAAGUCUCUAUGAUGGCUCUGGCCCCGAGGAUAGCGUGAUCCUUGAGGACUUUGAAGGUGAUCUCUCUUUCGCUGACCGUGGCUGGACAGCCACUGGCGAUUUCACCGGCGCGUCCCCAGCAAAGGGAACUCUGGCCAAUCAGAACCCAGUGACAGGAUACCUUGGGACCCAGUUGGUGAACACAUUCCUGGAGGGGGAUGCCACAACCGGGACACUCACAUCGCCUCCCUUUAAUAUCUCGCACAAGUACAUCAACUUCCUUGUCGGCGGAGGGAGCAACGUCAAUGAAACCGCCAUUCGGUUGAAAGUCGACGGCAGUAUCGUGCACGCCUCGGCAGGGACAAACAGCGAAGGACUUUCGUGGCAAAGCUGGGAUGUUGGUAGCCUUCAGGGGAAAAGCGCAGCGGUCGAGAUCAUUGAUACUGCAACUGGAGGCUGGGGCCAUAUCAACGUUGAUCAGAUCUCCUUCUCCGACACGCGCGCUACGAACACGAUUGCGAACUGGCUCGACUACGGCCCGGAUUUCUAUGCGGCUCUCAGCUGGAGCGGCCUUCCCCAGGACAAGCGCACUAUCGUCGCUUGGAUGAACAACUGGCAGUAUGCCUCGCUCAUCCCAACAAAUCCGUGGCGCAGUGCGGCAACAGUUCCUCGUCAGCUCUCGCUGAAAACGGUCAAUAAACGGCCAACACUAGUCCAGGAGCCCAUCGACAAUUGGAAGACACACAGUAACAAGGUCUCCAAGUUUCCUCGCGUGGAUGGCGUUCGCGACCUCGGCCGCAUUGGAAAAACACUGGAGAUCGAACUGACAUUCGACAGCAGGCAGCCAGCGGCCGGGGCUGAGGGGGCUGACUUUGGAAUCAUUGUUGCAGCAAACAAGGACUUUACCCAGUAUACCCGCGUUGGGUAUGACUUUGCUGCCCAGCAGGUCUUUGUGGACCGAACCCUCUCCGGGGACGUCUCGUUUGAUGGGACCUUUGCAGGUGUAUACUCUGCACCUCUGGCUCCAUCAAGGGACGGUCGUGUUGCUUUGCGCAUCUUGGUUGACUGGUCUAGCGUUGAAGUUUUUGGCGGCCAAGGUGAAGCCUCGAUCACGAGCCAAAUCUUCCCUGCAAAGGAUGCCGGGUAUGCUCGCCUCUUUUCUACUGGCGGGAAGACAGCGGACGUUACGCUGCGCGUGGGCGAAGUCCGUUCUACAUGGCGCUAGGAUGGCAUUGCGCAAGAAGAACAACCAGCGAUUGAAUGGUUAUACCUAGCAUUCGCGCUAUUAGUUCGUUAGAUUGUUCAAUAGCUGCUUUAUCAUGGGAGGCUAGACCGAAAUUUUGUCGGUUAUGUGUAAUAUAAUCAGAC